AUGAGUUACGCCGAUGGCAGCCCGGUAUACUUGCCGCAAAACCUCGCGCCAAACGAAGCGUCCCCGGGGUGGAACAACAAGGCCGACAACGCCUGGCAGCUGACGGCGGCGACGCUGGUGGGCAUGCAGAGCGUCCCGGGCCUCGUGAUCCUGUACGGGAGCAUGGUCAAGAAGAAGUGGGCCGUGAACUCGGCCUUCAUGGCCCUCUACGCCUUCGCCGCCGUCCUCGUCUGCUGGGUCCUCUGGGCCCACUCCAUGGCGUUCGGGGACCCCCUCUGCCCGCUGAUGGGGAAGCCCCACCCGAUGCUCUCCCAGCUCCUCCUGAACCAUUUGAACUUCGGGUCGAUGCCGAAGUCGAUGCCGACGGCGGAUUACGUCUACUUCCAGUUCGCGUUCGCGGCGAUCACGGUGAUCUUGCUGGCCGGUUCGUUGCUCGGGAGGAUGAACUUCUACGCCUGGAUGAUGUUCGUGCCGCUGUGGCUGACGUUUAGCUACACGGUUGGCGCCUGUAUAUGGGGAGACGGUUUCUUGAAUCGGCAGGAUGGGAUUAGAACCAUUGAUUAUGCGGGUGGUUUCGUGAUCCAUCUCUCUUCUGGUGUGGCCGGUUUCACAGCUGCUUACUGGGUUGGACCAAGGCUUUCGCACGACAGGCAAAACUUCCCACCGAACAACAUAAUACACAUGUUGGGAGGCGCAGGGUUCUUGUGGCUGGGUUGGACUGGGUUCAAUGGCGGCUCACCAUUCGUCGUUAGCAGGAUUGCAUCUCUGGCCAUCCUCAACACCCAUCUCUGCACCUCCACAAGCCUCAUCGUCUGGGUUUCGCUUGACAUGAUCUUCUACAGGAAAAGCUCUGUCAUUGGUGCUGUCCAGGGAAUGAUCACUGGCCUUGUUUGCAUCACACCCGGGGCAGGAGUCGUGGACCCGUGGGCAGCGCUUGAUGGGAGCAGUGUCCGGCCAGUACCAUGGUACACCAUGAUGAUACUCCACAGAAGAUCGGCUUUCUUCCAGAAAGUGGACGACACGUUGGCCGUCUUCCAACACGCAGUGGCCGGAGUUCUGGGGGGCAUCUCUGGGCUGUUUGCGAAACCCAAUCUCCUGCGUAUGUUCUAUUUCUUGGAUAAUUACACAGGCUUGUUAUAUGGCAUCAACGGGAAGGCCAGUCAAGGACUCCAGCAGAUGCUGUACCAACUCGCCGGAGUAGCUUUCAUCACGGUAUGGAACGUCACCACAAGUUUCAUUUGCCUUCUCAUAAACAGAAUUGUCAACCUGAGAAUGGUGGAAGACGAACUGGAAGUAGGCGAUGGUGCCGCGCACGGGGAGGAGGCAUAUGCGCUCUGGGGAGAUGGGGAGAAAAUGCCGAAUCCUCUGCGUUUUCGAAUACCUCCAAGAAUCCCCCUCCAUCUGUCGGCGCCUGCCUUGAUUUUUCCUUUUCCCGCCGAGGUCGAUGAUUAUCACUGCGCGGUGAUGCUCGAGUUGAAAUCUCUAAGAUACUAA